UACCUGGUAAAUAUACGGAUGUGCAAUUCAGUCGGAGAGUUCCCCUCCUGCUGCGAUCACCACGUCGAAAUAUAUUCAUAGAGCAAAACACUGGACCAAUUUUUGUGAAAGACAUGAAGAAGAAGCAUCUCCAUACUUUCAGCUUCACAAACGUGGUUGAAGACCAGGACGAUCCAUCAAAUGCAUCCACGGCACCUCACAAGAAGGACCUUCGAAUCUCACAAGUCGUGUCCAGUUUGGUCCAGCGUUCCUUUCAAAAUAAGAACUUUGUGAGGAAGUUGCCAAUCUUGACCUGGGUUCGAGAGUACAAGCUCUCAAUGUUGGUUGCAGACUUCAUUGCAGGCCUGACACUUGGACUCACGACGAUACCGCAAGUCUUGGGAGUGGCCAACGUGGCAGAAAUGCCUCCGGAAUACGGGCUCUACUCUUCAUUUGUGGGGUGCUUUGUCUACAUAUUUUUAGGCUCUACUAAAUAUAUCACGGUUGGCCCAACAGUUACAACGGCAAUCAUCACUUUAUCUUAUACGAAAGGACAACCUCCACAAUUUUCGGUCUUGCUCUGCUUCCUCACCGGUGUCACGACGUUACUGAUGAGCUUUCUCCAACUGGGUUUCAUCGUCAACUUCAUUUCAAAGCCAGUCAUAUCAGGCUUCACAUCCGCAGCAGCAAUUUCAAUAACGUCCACCCAGGUCAAAUCGAUAUUGGGGUUAUCUUUUAGUGCGAACGGAUUUGUGGAAGAAGUGCGAGGCGUUAUUGAAAAUAUUUCCGACACAAAUUGGCAGGACGUUGUCGUCGGAGUGAUUUCUCUGUCAUCUCUCUACUUUCUCAUUAAAAUUGAAGCAAUUUUUGCCCGGUUCGGAAAAUUUGGACCCAGGGUGAAAAAAGUUUUAUGGCUCCUGUCCACAUCGAGAAGUGUGACGGUUGUAAUCGUGGCUACCGUGAUAUUUUCAUUAAUCGGAGAACCCUCCCCUGUCCUCCUUGUUGGCGAUGUUCCGAGCGGAAUGCCCCCGUUCAAGCCUCCACCUUUCUCAUACUCUGAGACCAACGGGAACUCCACCGUAGAAUUUUCUCUAGGAAGCGCCCUUCGAGAAAAAACCUCGGCUCUCAUUGUCAUCCCUCUCCUUGCCUUUAUGGAGCAUAUAACGAUCACCAGGGCCUUUUCUGGGACGGCACGUAUCGACGCAGGUCAAGAGCUGCUCUGUCUCGGAGUAGCGAAUAUUAUCGGUUCUUUCUUCAGCAGUAUGCCAGUCACGGGAGCAUUCGGUCGGACGGCGUUGAACUAUGCGUCCGGAGCGGUUUCACCUCUGGGCGGACUCAUCACUGGAGCCAUCAUCAUUCUGGCCUUGGUCGUUCUCACACCGCAAUUCUACUACAUUCCAAAGUCAACCCUCUCAUCCGUGGUCAUCAUGGCUGUCAUUUUCAUGGUGGACUUUGAAAUUCUAACCUCAAUUUGGAAAAGCAAGCGAUUGGACCUGAUACCCUGGACCGUUACCUUUCUGGCCAGUUUAUUUAUUGGUUUGGAAUAUGGAAUCAUGUCGGGUUUUGUGGCCAGUCUGAUCUUUCUCCUGUACUACGCAUCCCGACCAGGAAUCAAGGUGAGCAAGGGUGAGACGGGCGCAGGGAACGAAUUCUUGUGGGUCGAAGUUGACAGGUCCAUGACCUUCCCUUCCAUGGAGUACACUCGCUACACAGUUAUGAAGGCUGCCACAAAAUGGGGUCGAAAUGAACUUCCGAUCGUUAUUGAUUGCCAGUUUGUUACAUUUGCGGACUACUCUGCUGCUCAGGGGAUAACGGACAUUCUUAAACUCUUCAAAGAUAAGAACCAAGUCGUAUUUUUAUGGAACGUGAAACCCUCCAUUCGCACCGUUUGGGAAGUGGUCAUGCUCAAGAACCAAGUCAAAGCAAUAUUUUGUCGGAACGAAGUAGAAUUGGACAUUGAACUUCAAAGUCAUCACAUGGCGCUAAAGGAGCUGCAGGAUGACGCUAUCAAAUCGGCAACCACAACCAUCCCUGUAGAUCCUCUGGCAGAAGAAGAGGGAAUUAGUAAUAAUAAUUUUAUCGACGAUGAAGAUAAGUAGUUCAUGCAAUUUAUGUACAUACGAUCUCAUAAUGCACGUGAGUAAUUGAUUAAUGAAUUGUACAUAUAUACCUAAAUAAAAAAUGGAGCCAUAACUAAGGUAUGUAAAUGUAUGUAAAUAUAGGCUGCAGAUAUUACUCCGUAAUGUGAAAAAUGUGAUACAUAAAUAAAUCCUGUGUGUUCUGUUUCGUAAUA